AUGUCAGCAGGAAUCCCGUCGACGCCGCCCGUCCACGAUGCGAAGCGCAAACCGCGACGGUUCGCGCCGUUAGAUCCAAAUGCGAAGCACGGCCAGGAUCUGCCGAAGUUGAAGGGCAUUGUGUUUGAUGUUGAUGGGACGUUAUGCCUGCCGCAGAACUACAUGUUCAAAGAGAUGCGCGCGGCACUGGGCAUUCCCAGAUCCGUCGACAUUCUCGACCACAUCCGAUCUCUGUCCAACGAACCAGAUACGUCAGAGCAGUCUACAGAUGGAAAAGGAGAAAAGCCGCCUUCUUCACCCGCCAACCCAUCCGAGCCACCAUCGGAGGAAAUCCUGGCUCAUAGCACGGACGAGCCGGAUCCUCCCCCAAUCUCACCACAAGCACGUGCCGUGGCCAAAAUCCGCGAUAUUGAACGACAUGCCAUGACAUCCCAGCGUCCUCAGCCAGGCCUAAAAGAGUUGAUGGCUUACCUCAGCCGCCGCGGGAUUCGUAAAGCCCUGUGCACCAGGAACUUCCCGACUCCCGUGCAUCACUUACUGGACACUCACCUACCAGGCGAGCAUUUCGACCCCAUCAUCACGCGCGAGACAGAAGGGAUCAAACCCAAACCCAGCCCCGAGGGUAUCUGGCAAAUAGCUCAGGCUUGGGGUCUGGAUCGAGAUGUCGAUGCUAGUCCCGAGGAUCUGGCUGCCACAGUCACCGAAGACGGGGAGCUAGACCCGCUGGAACUGGCGCGCCAUGUCCUCGGAUCCGGUCUUAUCAUGGUGGGCGACAGCAUAGACGAUAUGGCGGCCGGCCGGAGAGCUGGCGCCGCCACCGUGCUGUUGGUCAAUGACGAGAAUGAGCACUUGGCAAACCAUGAGUAUUCAGGGCUGUGUAUAAGACGGCUUGAUGAGCUGAUAGACAUAUUAGAGAAGGGAUUUGCAGAGACAAAAUAA